GACAGCUCCGGUGCUGAUCGCGACGCGGGGUUUCAGCAGAGCCCGGGCUGGCGGCGGCGGUGGCUGUUGGCGUACGCGAGCGGGCGGCGGCAGAGCGAGCGGCGGGCCGCGCUCGGCCAUGAGGCACGAAGCGCCCAUGCAGAUGGCAGCCGCUCAAGAUUCCAGAUAUGGCCAGAAAGAAACAUCUGACCAGAACUUUGAUUACAUGUUCAAACUGCUCAUUAUUGGCAACAGCAGUGUUGGGAAAACCUCCUUUUUGUUCCGAUAUGCUGAUGAUUCCUUUACGUCUGCAUUUGUAAGCACGGUUGGGAUCGAUUUCAAAGUAAAAACAGUUUUCAAAAAUGAAAAAAGAAUUAAGCUACAGAUUUGGGACACAGCUGGUCAAGAGAGGUACAGAACAAUUACCACAGCUUACUACCGGGGUGCAAUGGGCUUCAUUUUAAUGUAUGACAUCACGAACGAAGAAUCUUUCAACGCUGUUCAGGAUUGGUCAACUCAAAUCAAAACAUACUCUUGGGAUAAUGCCCAGGUUAUUUUGGUCGGUAACAAGUGUGACAUGGAGGAUGAACGGGUAAUCUUCACUGAGAGAGGCAAACAUUUAGCAGAGCAACUUGGAUUUGAAUUUUUUGAAACAAGUGCCAAGGACAACAUUAAUGUCAAGCAGACAUUUGAGCGACUCGUGGAUAUCAUCUGUGACAAGAUGUCAGAAAGCCUGGAGAUGGAUCCAACCAUUGCUGCCAGCAAGCAGAACACACAGCUAAAGGACACCCCUCCUCCACAGCAGCCCAACUGCGGCUGUUAAUGCAGCUAUCAGCAAAGGCAGCUCCAGUGUGUUCAGUGGCCAACAGAGUAUUUGUGAAUGGUCUAUAUGCCUUUAUUUAUACUGUCUUAUUAAUUUAUUUGGGAGAAAAAUCUUCUAUUUUACAUCAGCAGCUGGUGGAGAAUGCGUAUGGAGGUGUUGGAAUGGUUGUUAGUUUGAAAGGAUGAUCCAGGUUUUAGCAUCUGGCUUUUGCAUGCAGGAUGGCUAUUAGUUUCUCUUUUAUUUUACUGUUUCACAUUACACUUACUUCAGCUGGUGCCAUGUUCUCAGACCACAUUUGCCUAGAAUUGACUCUUGCUUCAUCAGUUUCAAAUUAUAUAAUUGAAUCCUUAGGGCUGUGGCCAGUGUGGCUUACAAUACACUUCCUGAUGCCACUUGCAUUUUCUCCUGACUGAAAAUUGAUUUAGAAACAUUACUUUAGAGACAAAAUCCCUCAUUCUGUCCAGCUCAUUUGUAUAAGGGACACUUCCUGGAGUAUAUUUCCUCGGCAAAUCUACACUCAUUAUGUUACACAUCCUGGAUGACUGGAAAUUGCAGAAGAAUUUCCAGAAUAGCAUUAGAAGUUAGUUCCUGGACCCAAACCCACCAAACUUUCCUGUGAGUAUCCAACUGGUUAUGGGUAUUCAGUGCAGACACUCAGAUAUUAGGUACUUCAUCCUUUUUUUAUAGAUAGUAUGUUUAUAUUUCCCUGGGAGCUGCAUGUGUUAUCUAACACCUUUCUGAUACUGAACUUAAUUUCUCAUUCCAUUAUUACUAAGAUUCUGGUAGUACCUACCUAGUACUGGAGGGCUAAGUAGCUCUUUCCAUGUCUACUUGCAUGAGAUACUAAACACACAGUUUUAUAUUACCCCGUGACAGAGUCAAAUCCAUUAUGCUUGGUUGUUCAUGGCCAAAAACUGUCUUGUCACAUUGCUGUCAAACCUGCCUAUUAAAUUUUCAGGAAUUUUAUCUUUCAUUCAGUCACUGAGACAAUAACCACCGAAACACAGGCAACACACUGCCUGUAUUCUACUCAGACCUAUUGCAAAAGUGCUGCUGGUCUCAGUGAACUGGAGUUUGACCUCACUUUUACUUUGGGGAUAUUUAUUUUGACAAGACAAUCAGAGUUUCACAAGAUUUUUAAAAACUUUAGAAGUAAUAAAAAAUUAUCAAAAUUUCUGGUGUUAGCCUGAAUACAUUCAUAAGAUCAGCAAAAGGCUGUGAAGAUAGCAGAGUAAAGUACACAAAUGCUUUUUUAAUAACAUGUCAAAAAUAGUCAUAUUUCACAGUUUUUAAAAGUAGUCCUAGUAAUUGGUGGCAGUUUCUUACAUUUGUGCCCUGGAGUACUUUGUACAACUCCUUUACUUGCGUCAUAAUGACUUUUUCUAACUAAAUGGCAUAAUUGAAGAAGCGUUAACUGUUUUAUUGUUCCAGUUAGACAGAAUUUAGGACAAGGCUGACAUUUCUUAAACUGUCUGCAGUGGGAAAAAUCAGAAGACAAAUUAGAAAAGGAAGUAACACAAUGUACUGCAAACUGCUUAAAACUGCAAAGAAAUCCCUCUACGCAAAUUACUUUUUUUGAACAUAGUUUAUAUAAAUCCUGAAACACACUAGGAGAAAAUAGCCACUUUUUUUACUGAUUAAAUAACCUAUAUACACUUUUGACACAGUAACAAUGAUUUUGAAACAAGGCUUAUAGACCCAUGUAAAGUGGAUAUACCAUCAGGGCACUACAUCGGCUGCCUAACUUAAAUGAAUACAUGUUCUUUCUUCAGUCUGUGGUUUUAAACCAUGUCUGUCCUGUUAGCCAGUUUACUUAAGCAUUUGUUUUCCUAGCAGACACGGAGGCUGGUCUUCAUUUAUUUACCUCCAUGAAGAGAAAGCACUGUUCUCUUUGGGGAUGGUGAACAGCCAGGUAGAAGAGGCAUGUGUCAUCCCAACUGUAACUUUGUCUCUCUCCAGGGAUGCUGCUUUUCUUUCCACCAUCUGAGGCAGCAUGUUGAUAACUGUGCUGAGAGACUUUCAUUAAUAUGUUUUCAUUCAUUACAUACCAGCUGCUUUGGAAAAAGAAGUUAUAAGAAGCUGAGGAAACUUUGUGUGAGAUGGUAGGCGUUUUCCCAUCCUUUUCUUGUUAUGUGCAGUUGUUGGUGCUGGAGCAGGGAAGUCUUGAGAGAGCACUCAAGUUCAGCCCUCAAGUCCUUUAGAAAAUGUUUAGGUUGUGUUAUUAGUCUGAGCCAUCUCAGGCAAGACAAGGAGAGAGGAGAACAUAGUCACAUCUUACAUAUGCUUGGGCAUAUCCUGGGUCAUGCAGCAUGGCUACAAAGGCAAGUAUUCUUCCAGCUUUUCUCUGGGGUGCUUGCUGCAAAAUGUUCAUCUUCUGUGCGCAUCAUAACAAGGAAAAAAGACUCCAAGAUGCAUCUUGCUACAGCCACACCUUGCUUAUACUGCAUUGCAGUGAAUUCCAGACCCCACCUGGUGACCAUGCAAUGAAUUCUGGGACAUCCAUGCCUCUUUAUGACCCUUUAGUCUCUAAUUAGUGAUGGCAAUAGCCGCGUUAGCAUGUAUCUUUUUAAACAAUUUGAGUAAUAGAUAAAUAGCUCUUAAAUAGGAUGAAUUAACUGCUUUAAUUUUGCAUCAAGAGCCUGGGCAGAAGAGGAUCAGCAAACUCAAGCAGGGAGAAUCUCUCCUUUGCAUUUCUGAGACAGCCAACCUUCAACAUGUCUCCUGCAUGGGAUGGGGGAAGCAGCUGCUGGAGUAAAACUGUUCAUUAGAGUGCCAGCCAUGUGUUGUAAAGAAAAGGAUCAUCUGAAGUACAAUAGCAGAACCAGUCAGUAUUUAAAAACUCCUAGGAUCUUUGUAUUGGCAUUCAGACAUGUCAUAGACUUCAGAAUUAGUCAGAUUAACUUGUUAAGUGUUCACAUCAAAUCCUGGGAGGUUUUCAAGAGCAGACUGGCUGAAGCCCUGGGCAAACUGCUCAGACCUCUUAGAUGACACUGUUUUGAGCAGGGGGUUGAGGAGGAUGACCUCCUGAUGUCCCAUCAAACACAAUUUAUCCUAUUAUCUCUUCAUCUGUAAUUGAAAAAGUUGGAAGUUUAACUAGAACUUUUCUUAACAAUCAGGGUUACCUACUGAAAAGUAGGCUUUGAUUUCUGUUACAGGUUGGCUUUUGCAGCCAUGUGUCUCACAGCAAUAUUGAGAUUUCUGCUAAAAAAUCUGCUCACAUGUAGAUCAUGUACCUCUCAGAUGGCCAUUGCAGAAACAAAAAAGACAGGCUUUUAAGUAACUUGCUAUUCCUUCCCCAGAUAUUUUAAAGUCUAGUUUGAAUGCUGAGGAAACUAGCAGGAUUGGGAUUUUCAUUCUAUUAAAAAUGGUGUCUUGGCCUUUUUAUCAAAUGCAAAAGGCCAAAAGCAGCCUGUGCCAGUCUACGCUGGCUUCUCUUGGCUUAUGUGGUAGAACUGCAAUUUUCUUAAAUGCAAGUGAAGUUAGGCUGAAUACUUUUGGAAAUCCCAUCCCUAAUCAAGGACCAAAAUUUAGUCAAUCAAUGGCACAUUAUUUACACAUAUCUAGUAGCCACCGAUUAUGAAUUUUUGGAGGAGACAAGCAGGAUUUGGCUAGAACCCUGAUUUAUCCACUGGUGCAGCAUAGCUCCAUCAAGAGAAAGUAACAGGCUAAAAAGCAUUGUAUUCUAGCAAUGGAAGAGGACUGUAUGAUCAAAUUGAAAACGGGGAUAAAAUAACCAAAACUACUUUCAAUCUCAUCACAAUUCUUGGUGAAAACAUACUUGCACACUGUACUAAUUUGUUGUCGCUCUCAGGACAGAAAUAACACUGAAUGUGGUGGAACCUUGGUCCAGACACAGACAGCCUCUUCAGAUUUAGGCCAAAUGGUGAGAUAUAGUGGGUGACACACCAACCACGUUAAAUUUCUGAUUGAUUAGAUGCCUUUGGGCAGAGGCUUCAGAGCUCCAUAGUUCCAGCUGAAUUAAUACUACACAACCCAUUUUAUGAGUUAUGACCUGGACUAAAGCUUUUAGCAGCAGGCUAAUCCAGUGCAUGAGUAAUGCACCACCCGUAUGCUCUUACAGUGUCUUGCUUGCUGCAUGGUCAGCCUGGGGCUCAGGAAAUGCUUCAGGAGCACAGAAGCACAUGGGACGUGACUGAUUCCUGCAGUGCCUCCUGGCACUGAUCGAUGUGCCGAACAUCUAGCAAGCCCUGCUGUUUGAACCUUCAGAUGCAUGGCUUAUUUCUGAUAAGGGUUCAUGUUCACAAGUGUUCUGGUCCUUAUAGUGUAACUAACUUAAUACUGUAUCUUUUGUUGUUGUUGUUUUGUUUUGUGUUUGAAAUACAUAUGAGCUAGCCUGACUUUCUGUCAAAAAAUCACUCCUUCUCUCUGAACAGCUGUGUGACUGUUACCUGAAACUGUUUGUUCCUUCUUGCUUAAACUUAAUAUAAUGCCUAGAGGAACUACAUGAUCAACUGCAUCUGUGUGGCCUUUCCAGAGCACCAGUCUGAAGGAUUAGGUUUUCUGUCCAGUCUGCUCAACUCUGUAUAUUCAGCCAUACCACCUGCAUCUUCUUUAUUUUAGGAACUACUUCAGGGUGCACAAAAUCUGCUGGAAUUUGUUCCUAGCUAUGAGAAUGCUUUGAGUUUAUCAUUUUUAGGAAAAAAAAAAAGGGGCACAAAUUCUACAUAUGGUGAUGAUGCCUUUGUUUUUCCAAUAGCAGAUGAAUGAUGCUGCAGCUGCAUUCUAAAAGAAGCCUCCCUCUCAAAUUCCACUCGUCCCUAGCUACCCAUUUCAGUAUUUCUGAGAAGCAAGUUUUAAUACUUGCAUUUUUAAGGGCAUCAACCAAAUUACUGUUCUGCUGAUGGGCAGAUUCCUCCUUGGCCUGUUUCAUAUAGACAGACACAUGCUGCAUGAGCCUAGUUCUUUAGGAUAACAGAUUUGGGAAUAUGAGACCAUGAGUAUGUAGAUCCUCAUAGAUGAUUCCUCAAGUGAUACAAAGCAACAUGUCUUCACUUACGCCAGCAGAGGAGUGAGUUGUGUUGAUUUGCACCAUUUAAUUUUUACCUUCUAAUUCUAGAUUUUCCAAGGUUCAUUGUUUGUCAAGUCUGAUUUAAAAAGGCAAUUUGUUUCAAUUAUUUGAAUGAUUUCUACCAGUUUUCUUUAUAAGGGGUGAAUGUAUUUGACCUUUGCAAUAUGAGCUUUCUUUUCUUUUUUUUUUUUUAACUUUUUUUUUUUUUACUUUGUUUAUCAAUGGAUGUUCAUUGAAGCAGAAAUUGCAACUACACGUGUAUAGUAUACAUAUAUACACAGCAGUGCAUCUUUGGCACUUAUUCAGUUCCCACUGUUACUUGUUUGUGUUCAGUGCAGACUUUCCUAAAUGCCACAGUGGAAUUCAUCUAUUUAUCUAUAUUUAUUUAUAAAUUCACAUUAGCACCAGAAACCACCUGGGUAACAUCUGCAGACCCAAAUUAGGUUUAUUCAUGGUUCCAGCAGAUGUAGAUGACUUGUCAUUUGUAGAAUAAGGUACCUCGUAUUUGAAUGGGGGAGGAAACAAAAGUCCUAAUCUUUCAGUGACUUCAGGAUCAUGCAUAACAUGCAAAAAAGAAAGCUAGUAAUAGCUCACCACUUCUGGUGAUAAACUUCCUCAAGUAAUUCUGACAUGUACCUGCAACUCGUGUUAAAUGAAAUGUUUGUGCUGUAACUCCUGUUUAAUAUUUUGUCAGUAAUGUCAGAUGUGUUGUGGCUCAGUUGUACUGUCAGAAUGUGUAACCUAUAUACUAGUGCUUGUGGAAUUCACGUCUUAAAUGUUGCAUGAAAAUGUGUUAUAAAAAUAGUUAUGUUUUCUAUUUGUUAAUACCUCAAAACUGAGGAAUUAUGGGCCAAUAAGUGCAAUAUUUAACUAUUUACUCAGUGUAUAUAAACUUGUGUGAAUGGGAGAAGUGUCAUGUAUGUGUGAUGAGCUGUUGAUGAUGUCUGUGUGACUUAAGAUUUCCAGUAGAUAUACAUGUCUUAUAGUAAAAUUUGUAUAGUAAACGCUUUACAAGUGCAGUGUAAAAAUAACCUUAAGUCAUUUAAACUAUUUUUCAUAUAUGAGCCAGCGGUUAAAGAUAUUUCUAUGUUUACUGCAAGUGCAUGUCAAUUUUACUUUUAGAGUUGUGUCCUGUUUGAAUAUUACCAUGUUAUACCAACACAACUGGGGAUAGCUCUUUCAGUAAGGAGAUGGCUGUAAACUCUCUACCUAUAUUUUUAAAGCAUGUUCUCUAGAAGCAUUAGAAGAACCUUCUAUAGCUCAGCAAUUACGAUGAGUUAUUUAUUCUUAAAGAAUCACUUAUAUUUUCCUCUGAUGGUAUUUCAUAUCAUGUAGCAUGUAUUCUCUAAACUGACACAGUUAACUCAUAAUAAUUUCCUGAAAUAUUAAAUAGGGGUACUCAGUGCUCUUGCAGAUGACUCACAAAACUUCAGUUGAUGCCCUGAGUUAAUAUUUUUAGGAACAGCUUAAAGGUCACAGUGAAAAUGGGCCAUCACAGUGUACAGUGACCUUAAUCAGUCACUUCUGACAGUUAAAUUUCUUUACU